CGUCCUUCUCACCACCACCCUCCCCCUCGCCCUCCAUGUUCGGCGCCGUGCGUCCCAACUCGCUGGCCGCGCGCCGCCAGCUCGCGAGCCGCGAAGAGGCCGAGGACGCGGCGCUCGGCAAGUUCGGCCUCGAGUUCAACGAGACCGAGGCCAACCGCGCCGCCGGCGGUGCGCUGACGAUCGCCGAGGCGCGCCUGCUGCUCGAGCGCGAGCGCGCCGAGGAGAAGCGCGACGAGGAGCCGGGCGGGCGCGACCCGAUGACGAUGCCCGUCUUCCAGAAGUGCCACGAGUACGUGACGCUCUUCUCGCGCUUCCGCGACGAGGACACGGUGCGCCGCGUGCGCCAGGACCUCAUCGAGCACGACUACCGCACCGCGCAGUGGGACGACGACGGCCGCCCGCGCAUCGAGACGGCCGAGGAGGAGGAGGACGAGAAGGACCGGCUGCGGCUGACGCGCUUUGAGAUGGCACAGCUCGCGAAUUUGUCCAUCGAGGAUGUCGAGGAGGCCGUCACGCUGAUUCCUACGCUCGCGCCCAAGGACCAUGCGCAGCUCGAGGAUCUCCUCUCCACGCUGUCUGCCAAGCGGCGCUUCCAGAACUGAGCGCGGCGCUCGCUCCACUUCGCCCCUCGCACGUCUCCUGCUCCGCUCAACCACUUGUACUUCUAGCAAUGCCAUCACCUCUGCCC